AUGUCCAGAAAUGCAUGGAAGCUGCGACUGAUUAUCCCAAGGGGAGGCAAGAUUUAUUCAGACCUUCUCAAGAGCUGCUUUUCUGGGAGAACUUCCAGGGAGAUCAAAGUCAAGGCGCUACGCAAGGAUGUUUGUUUAGAGGAAGUGACCGUGUAUUUCUCCGAGGAGGAGUGGGCUCAACUGGAUGCUGACCAAAAAGAGCUCUAUAGAGAAGUCAUGGUGGAGAAUUCCAAUAAUUUCUUUUCUCUGGGUUUUAAUGGUCAAGAAAAAAAGAAUUGCAAGGAGGAACGCCAAGUGAUUCAUUCGAAAGCGGGGGAAAGGAAAUUUGUAGAUCAGAUGCAACUAAAGAGUGAUGAAACAAAGCAAUCCCAAAGUCUUCCUUGGGUCAGUUGGCUUUCUAACCAUACAGUGAUUGAUAUGGGAGAAAGACCAUAUAAAUCCAUGGAGUGUGGAAAGUGGUUUAAUAAAUCUGACCAUUUCAUUUCUCAUAAAAAGACACAUUCAGAAGAGAAACGAUUUACCUGCAUGGAGUGUGGAAAGUCUUUCUGUGAUAAUUACUAUCUUAUAAGACAUCAAAGGAUCCACACAGGAGAACGACCUUAUAAAUAUUGUGAAUCCAAUGAUGGUAGAAUUGAAGUUGCCCAAAAAUCUCAGCCACAUUCACUCAUUAUUCACAAGUUUGUUGAAACCCUUCUGCACCUAACCGCUCAGACUGGCUAUUGA